UUAUGUUUGAGACAAUCAGUAGACUACCAGGGACCUUAAUGAAAAUUUUGAAUCCCACUGAAUUAAGGAAAGACUAGUGCUUUAAAUAAUGUUUUCUUAGAGAAGAUAUAUUGGUGUAUGAAACGAUGUACAAUUCGGUGUAAGUGGCAUUCGGGUAUUUGAACUGGUUCCAAAUUGUCAUUGGUUGGUAAAUAAUCUCAAUAGGCUAUAUCCAAACUAUAUCAUGUUUGACAGAGUUUAAAAAUUAUGUAUAAACCUGGCCCCACAUCGGUGGGGCACUUUAGUAAUAAGGCACGAAUGUACUUUAAUCAGUCAUGGAUAUGAGCUCGACAUUUCAAAGACUUAAACAGAGCUAGUUCUUGACCUCUUCUGCUUCUAAGAACCGAUCAGUUAGUAGAUGGCUGGGUUUGGAAGAGCUAAUGUCCUUUUGAUAGUAAACUCCUUGUCCAGGAUAUUCUGGAGUCUGCAUUUCAUCUGAAGUGAUUUUUAAAGAUAAAACUUCUCUUGCAUUGACAAAACUAGGCACAACCAUGGAGGAACUGGAAAGGCUCAACAAAGAAAUUGAAUCCGUCAAGACUGAGGUUGAAGAAAAGCAGAAGAGCCUCUCCAAGCUUGCUUUAACACAUGAAGAGCCAUGGCAAAGUCACAUGACCUCCUUCAGGAAUACAAAUAUGAGGCAAGAUUUUCUUGAAAAUCUCCCGCUUCCAAAGGAAGAGUGGCACGAGCCAUCAAAGAAUGAAGAGAGUCAGGCCAGAAAGUAUGUACUGGACCACAAAUGUCCAGCAACUGAUCUUGAAUAUGAUCCCUUGCUGAAUUAUUCUGCAGAGCUGCUUGGGGCAUCGAAAGCGACACAGUCUGAGCCUGACGAACAGCAAGUCUGCCACUUGAAAAAAUCUGUGGAUGAGAAUCGCCACAUGUCCCAGGAGAGCCAAAGGCCUCAUGUUUCACCAAUAAGAAUUACAAUAAAUCUUCAAGAAUCUGAUGAAGAUGACCUUGUAAUAGAUGUACCUCCAAUCAUGCCUACUUCUAAGAAACCUAAACCAUUGAGAGGCUUCAAAUAUCAGAAUAUGGAUGAAAGGGUACCUAAAAUGUCCCCAGAGGAGAGGAGUCUUCAAAUUACUGGCACAGAAGAGGAAAAAAUCGAUAAAACCCAACUAACCACACAAGUAGAUGAUGACGGUAACAAAUCAGAACCACCAGAAUCGCUCACGCAUAGCUCACUAGAUAUUAAAAGUAACAUAAACUUGAAUCGUGCUAAAAACCACCUCCCUAAGAUGGGAAGCUGUGGUGGUGGGAAAAACUAUGUCUGUAUUUCCAGAGAGAGCAUACCUCAUGCACCUCUCAGUGACAAAGAAAAACAGAACAGAAUGCAUAAUGAAAGGUAUCCACAUCACAAAAAAUAUGUAAAAACAAGUGACAGUCCUCACAGUGAAGAAACUGAAGGUAGGUAUUCAAGCCGGCCCCAGGUCUCUCCCGCAGGUGAGCGUGCAGAAGGCGAAGUGUUGGAAAGACCAGACAAUAGUCAGGAACUCACUACUUUUGAGGACUGCAAGGUAGUCGAAUUUGAUUUUGGUAAGGAACCUACUGAGGAGGACACUCCCUCUCAUUCCGGUGACACUAGGAAGGAAUGCCUUCGAAUUUUCACAGAGUUCACAGAAAGUGAAGCUUGUAAGGGAGAGACUACUAAACAGGCUUCAGGAAAGCAAACGGGAUUAGAUAAGUUGUAUUAUCAAAACCUUUCUGGACCCAAAAAGAGAAUUGCACACAUUGCCAAGUUCAAUGUUCCAACCAGUAAAGACAUCCUUAGCCCAUUCAGGGAGCCAGUGGCACCACUGAUGAGUCACCCUGGCAUCCUUCGUGCCCAGCAACAGGCAGCACAGAUCACGGCUGACAUAAAGAGUGGGCAGGCUUUUGUUGCUGCCACUUCAGAACAAAAGAAAACUACAUUUGCAUGUCCAGUCUCUCAGACCCAAAGGAGAGUCUCAGGAGAAAAUUCACUUACAUCAAACAAGCUUCAUCAGGAUGUAUUUGUAUCAAGGGAAAAGCCAAAUGCAAAACCAAGCAGAUCACACAUUCCUGUGAAAAGUGUUGCUGCUUUUCCUGUAAAGAUGCCGAAAUACAAAGUGGCUCAUCGGAAGCGGGCUUUAGUCACAUCAGAAUCCUCUGUCAAAGUCCCUGAGGAAGUAAGACAACGCUAUGUCAACCUCUUCGUUGAGAAGUACUUGACAGUUUAUAAAACAGAGGAUGAGGCUGUUAACAAGGCUAAAAUAGAAGAAAAGGCCAUUUAUGAACGCUGUGGCAGUAGAAAUAUGUAUGUGAACAUAGCGAUAAAUACUCUUAAGAAACUGAGACAUCAAGGUGUCCCUGGAAGCAAUAACAACGAUAAAACAACUGGAUUGAAAAAGAAUGAAAAGAAAAGUGCACUCACAGGAAUUGUUCUCUACAGACAUCUGCAAGACUACCUUCUAACGGAAGAACAGUUACAUGAAAAUGACUAUCCACAACCCAGCCCUGAAAAACCAGGAAGUAUUCUUUUAAACCCGGGCAUGACCAAAGCUCUUCUAAAUGACACUUCUAGGAAGAUCUGUUGUCGUUGUGGGAAAAUAUAUGGUGUGACUCCCGCAGGCAAACACAGUAGGGUAGAAGAAUGCUACUACCACUUUGGCCGAGUGCUGACUCAGAAAGGCAAGUAUUUGGUAGUUCUGCUUCAUUUAUUUGACAAGCCAGUGCCAGAGCUGUUCAGAGAAAAGUGCGAUAAAGUAUUCAGUUCACUGUAUUUGUCAGGUGCAGUCCAGUCGAGAGAAACUACCAAAUCUGAAGUUUGAAUUACAAGCACCUACUUCUGACCACCACUCGCUACCCUUAUGGCCCACUGGUGCGGGGAGUCCCAGGCUGUGACAGGGGUGCGGGAAGACCUCACAGCAGUCAACUGCCUCCUGAUGUCACCUGCUUUGCACCUGCCAGCAUUAGAAUUAUUUCUUUGUUAAUAGCUUCCAUUCCUUGCCGCCCCCACCCCCACCCCUGCCCUGAAUGAAGAUGAACUGUUGAUUCCUUUCCCCACCAGCCCCCA